CCUGUGUAUGACACUAUUCUCAGCAAGGAGGCCAAGCACGAGUCCCUGGUGAACAAGCUCGUAAAUGAGCGCGUUCAAGAUAGGAUACUAGGUUUCGAGAAGCCCGAUGUCGAGUCAAACGGAGUCCAUGUCUUUAUUGACAUGUCCAACAUCUCCAUCAGCUUCCUGAAAGCCGUUCGAGCCAGAUACUCACUUCCUGAUGCCGUGCGCUUUACGCCACUUCCAUCGUUGAACUUGUCUUUUCUUCACGAACUGCUCGUUCGCGGCCGUGGCACCAAGGUGCUUAACGCCGGCUGCUCCAUCCGCCCUAACCGCGCUGAGCCGACAUACAUCCAAGACCUUCGCGAUCUCGGGUAUCGGGUUGAUCUCCGACAGCGCAGGGUCGACUCGCAGGGGGGCCAGGCGCCCGAUGAAACGCGUGGCGAUUCAGGUAACCCCCGCUAUGUCGAGGACAUGGUCGACGAAACGCUCCAGAUCCGCAUUGGUGAGUCUGUCAUGAAGUACUUUGACAAGCCUGGUACGCUUAUCUUGGCCACUGGGGAUGCCCGGCCGGCCAAGUUCUCGGACGGCUUCUUCAUCUAUGCGGAGCGUGCCCUGAAAAUGGGCUGGAACGUCGAAGUCGUGUCCUGGAAGGCAAGUCUCUCUGGAGCGUGGACCAACCCCACAUGGGCAAAGCCCUGGGGUGAUCGGUUCCGUGUUAUUGAGCUCGAUGGCUACUUGGAUGAUCUCCUUGCCUGCUACGCCUUGUAA